CUCCGUCUUUGCAUGCUCCCUCGUCUCAUCGGACGGAGACUUCCACAGAUUGCACUCAGGAUGGCGUCGACGUCCGCGCCCAAGAGGCCCCUCUCGCCCAGUGUCAGCCAAGCCUCCUCUGCUCCAUCGCCGAGUGCCAAGAGGAUUCGCGAAGCGUCCGUGACUGGCCCUGACGACAUAGAUGGCGUCCUCGACGGCGUCGAUGGAUUCGACGAUGAGGCCCUGAUCGAGGCUGCCUCUGAGAUCGAGGAAGCCGCCAGCUCUUCACCUGCCAAUUCUCAGUCGCAGCAGUCGCAACCACGAAGUAAAGCGACUUCCACGGCAGGGACACUGGCGCGGGCCCCGACAAAGACAUCGUCGGCCUCUUCGUUUGGCACUCAGAUCAACGGCGACGCGCUCCUCGAGGCUGCGUCCGAAGUGGAGGAGGAGGCCUCCAGGUCCCCGCUGAGCCACGGAGACGAGGCGGUCGAGCGGCAGACGAUGGACAAGGAGUGGUUCGAUCGCAUGGAAGGCGAGACGAAGAAGCCGUACUUCAAGCAGCUCAAGACCUUUCUGGCCGGCGAACGAGCGUCUGGCAAGACCAUCUACCCACCUGCGCACCUGAUCCAUAGCUGGUCUCGGCUGACACCCCUGCACACUGUCAAGGUCGUCGUCGUGGGGCAGGACCCAUACCACGGCCCCAAGCAAGCCUGCGGGCACAGCUUCAGUGUGCAAAAGGGUGUCGCAGUUCCCGCAAGUCUCAAGAACAUCUACAAGGAGCUCAGCACGGAGUACGGCGACCAGUUUCAGCAGCCCAAGCACGGCUGCCUGGACGGCUGGGCCAAGCAGGGCGUGCUCCUGCUCAACGCCUGCCUCACCGUCCAGGCCGGUCAGGCUGCCUCGCACCACGGAAAGGGCUGGGAGCCAUUUACGAAGGCGGUGCUCAAGAUCAUUGCAGACGAGGCGUCCAAGGGCGCCACGGCCAAGAAUAGCAAAUUGGCGAGCAUGUUCAGCAAGCAGCAGCAGCAGCAGCAGUCGCCGCCGCAAAAAGACAAGAAGGCAAGCGACGAGCAGGGCGGGACAAAGGGCGUCGUCUUCUUGGCUUGGGGUCUUCCGGCGGCAAAGAGCCUGGCCGAGGCAGGCAUCACAGAUAAAACGCCAAACGUCCUCAUCCUUCGCUCAGCCCACCCCUCCCCGCUGUCGGCUCACCGUGGAUUCCUGGGAAACGGCCACUUCAAAAAGGCCAACGACUGGCUCCAGGAACGGUAUGGCCCCGGCGGCGGCAUCGACUGGGGAAAGCUUUGAGCAGAACACCGCAUGCUCCUUCCCUCCUCGACACCCAGAUGUUCUUGUACACUUUCUUUCAAUUAUCAAAAAGAUGUCACGAAAAGAG